AACAGGAGUUUCGCGCGAAACACGCACCGACGCACGUUCGUGUUGCAUACACGGGACCACAGGGGCACGUAUUCUGGCCACCGGUGCUGGAUUCUGCAUCUGAUUCUAACGACGGCGGACGCACAGAGUUUGGUGCUGGGCUGAGAUUGUGGUUUUUGCUGAAGGUAACCUAUCUUCAACCUGUGUGACGCUGGGUACGCCUACGAGACGAUGUGCGUUGGAAGCUUGAGCAUGUGCGUUUGUCAAGUGUAAACAACCAACGGGUGCAGUUUUGAGGACGACCUACCGACCGGUUCGAGCGAACAUUGCGUUUCAUUUGCUUCUCAAGUUCAGGACAAAGCAGAGUUUCGAAAUUCCAACAUUCCCGUCAUCAUGUCUACGAUGGAGCUGUUCGCCAAGUCGUGCGUGUGCGACUUAGGCAGUGUUGUCGACUUGUACACAGUUGCCAGGAACUUCAUGGCAGCGGUUCCUUCCCCUGCCGCCGGUAAUACGCCGUACAGGCCGGUUAUGGCCAGGUACCGUGAGGAGGGGGAAAAUUGCGGCUGGUCGGCAUGCUUUGGGCGCUUCCUGCGGGGCACCGUGCCGGACGUAUCGCUGUUGCGUGCGUACCUCCACGAACAGCGUCCGUUUUUGCCGCGCGAGGUGCCCAAACUCUCGGACUACGUAAAGAUCGACAGUACGUUCCGGACGGCCCGGCUCGCUACGACCGACGGCAAGCAGGUAGUGGUGAAGGGGAAGCUCGUCGUCAACUUGCAGUGGCUGCGGGACGGCCUUCCGAUCGCGGCCCUGUCGGCGGAGCGCAUCUUGUGCAGCGUGUACGAGUUAGCCAAUAUGGCCUUGCCCCAUCUUCCGGGCGAGAACCUCUACGUGUGGUAUGACUGUAUACCGGAGGGCCUCCUUGUGUGGCCUAUGACAGACGAGGAACAAGCCAUUUUUUAACCGCAUGAGGAGGAGCCAUGGUUUCGUCUAGCUGGCUAACGAGGGUGUUCGCUUUUUUUUUACUUCAAUUUACAUUGCACUAGUAAAAUCAUCGUGAGUGGCCAUUUUCACCUUCAGCGAAACUAAGGACCGUUACUUAAAUACAUUGCGUAAACACUUUGUGCAACACCCCUACGUUAUUUCCUAUACUAAUUCCAUGUGCUGAAAUUCUACAUGAUUUUUAGCAGAGAGAGACUUCGAUGAUCUCUCUCUCUCGCUCUCUCUCUCUCUCUCUCUCUCUCUCUCUCUCUCUCUCUCUCUCUCUUUCUCUCUUGUUGAUCUGGUCACGAGAGCACGUCGAUAUGACAUGGCCCGGUCAAAAAUCAUUCUCCAGGAUGCUCGGUCCCAGGCUGCAAGAGCAGGGCCACCUUGCACUGCACCCCGCUCGUAGUGGCCUCUAACAGCCGGACCAACUUCCCAGGAAAGUGUUACCGCCUAGGCUAAUUCUUACGCUGUACAUAUACCGCCGCACAUCGUUCGUUGACCUUCGGAAUCAGUAAAUGGAUCGGAACAGGAACUGUAUCGGUUCCAGGACCGGUACAGGUUCAUGUUUCGUUGUAUCAGUUCCAGGUCCGGUAUGGGUUCGAGAUCAAUUCCAGGUUCGGUAUGGGUUCGAGAUCAGUUCCAGGACCGAUGUGAGUUCAGUAUCAGUUCCAGGUCCGGUAUGGGUUCGUGAUUAGUUCCAGGAUCGAUGUGGGUUCAGUAUCAGAUCCAGGACCGAUGUGAGCUCAGUAUCAGUUCCAGGUCCGGUAUGGGUUCGUGAUCAGCUGCAGGUCCGGUAUGGGUUCGAGAUUAGUUCCACGACUGAUGUGGGUUCAGUAUCAGAUCCAGGAUCGAUGUGGGUUCAGUAUCUGAUCCAGGACCGAUGUGAAUUCAGUAUCAGUUCCAGGUCCGGUAUGGUUUCGAGAUCAGUUGCACGACCGAUGUAGGUUCAGUAUCAGUUCCAGGACCGAUAUGGGUUUGUGAUCAGUUCUAGGUCCGAUAUGGGUUCGAGAUCAGUUCCAGGACCGAUGUGAGUUCAGUAUCAGUUCCAGGACUGGUAUGGGUACAGUAUCAAUUCCACGACCGAUGUUGGUUCAG